AUGUCUUUUUAUUUUAAAAAUAUUCAACCAAAUAAUGUUAGCUCUACCGAUGAUGAAGACGAUGUUGACUUGGAUAAUAUAAUAUUAUCCGGCAAGCACAAGUUCAAAAGGGAUUUACACUACGAGAGUGAUAAUAGUGAUGAAGAAACUGAUGGGGCUUCCGAAAUGGCAUUUGUAACUUUAAAAAAGGCCCAUGAUGAAUAUGUUGCGGAGGAACGUAGCAAAAGUUCUAUUAUGAAGCAAAAGAAUAAUAUUCGUGGUGAUAAAUACAAACAAGCAGAAAUACAAACAGAAGAGAGAGGGACUAAAACUAAAAAUAGUGAGAAUAGGGCAAUAGAACCAAAAAAAGGUAAAGAAAAUCUAUACGCUUUCUCUAAAGAUAUCGAUUCUAUAUCAUCUGAUGAUAGUGAAGGUGGGUUUUUUGAAGGAGAAGAAGAUUUGGAGUAUGCUCAGAGCACAAAUAAAAAUCAACAAAAAAAACGUAAGCAUGCACCAACUGUACAAUCGUCUAAAAAACCAGUCAGCUUAAUAAGAACCAUACCUGGUUUAAAUACUAAUAGAAAUGCUAACGCUAACACUAAUUUGUAUCAGGAUAUAAGGUUUGACAAAAGCUUAGGAAAAUCAGAAGAUUAUGCUAAAAUUCGUGGGAGAUAUAAGUUUUUAGAUGAAUAUAGGCAAAAGGAAAUUGAACAACUAGCUAAUUUAUUGCAUGAUAGAAAAUUUAUUAAUAAAAUUAGUGAUGGGGAGAAAGUUGCUUUGGAACAGAAAUUAACUAGUAUGAAAAGUAAACUACAGUCUUUACAAAGUAGAGAUUUAGAAAAGAAGAUCAUCGAUGAUUAUGAAGAUCAAAUGAAUAAGGGUAAUAUGAACAAGUAUCAUUUGAAGAAAUCUGAAAAGAAAAAGAUUGUCAAUAAAUGGAAAUUCGACCAUAUGAAGGCCAAACAGAGAGAAAAGGUUAUGGAAAGAAAGAGAAAGAAACAAUUAGGUAAGGAAUUCAAGCAAUUUGAGUUUCAUAAAAGGUAG